ACAGAUGGCUGGUCCACGGGGGGAGAGUCAGUCGACAGUCGCUCGCUGAAGAGCUUUACGUGGGGUGGACCUCGCCGCCACCACGACAGCAACCUCUUACUCAACAAUAAAGGAAGAAAUAUGAAAGAAAAGAGGUGGGAGCCACGGGUCACUUUGUAGAUUCAAGAAGAAGACAAAGAAGUCUCCCAGAGCACUUUGCGCUGUCCUGGGAGUGGAAGCGUCUUCCUGGACCGUUUGCGCGCCAUCGUGGUGGUGUUUCCGGCUCCUGCCGAGCACUCCCGAGUGGUCCGAGGUGUCCGGUGGAGGCGGUGGGUCGCCCCGGAGGAUGCCUGCGAAGACCCCGAUUUAUCUUAAGACAACCACACCCAAACGAGGCAAGAAGACCAAACUGCGUGACGUGCUCUCGGGCGAUAUGAUCAGCCCUCCGUUGGGUGACGUGCGCCACAGCGCCCACGUGGGUCCACAAGGCGAGCGGGACAUGUUUGGGGACGUGGGCUUUCUAAGGGGGAAAAUGGGCAUGUUACCGGCACGUAACGGCCAUGCCUGUUCGCACAGCGUGGACGAACGGCAGGAGGACGAAGCCGCCACUUCAGAUUACUCAUACAAUGGAUUCCACGACCAGCACUCGUCCUCUGGCUUGUUGAAGUCCACCAUCUCCAUGCCGGUCUUCAUCGCCCACGAGCAAGCACCGCCCAAACCGCCACGCCUGCACCUGGAUGAUGCCAAACAGCGACACCUAAAGCCUGCGGAUCUCCACGACAAGCAGCAGGGGCUGCGCCCCACGGAGAACGGAAGUCGAGACAUGUCCAUGUCGCCCUCCCUUCGCCGACUGGUCCCCUCGUCCGGGUCCUUCUCGGAGGUCUCAUCGGAGGAGUCCGUGUCGGAUGCCUGCGGGCCACCGGACGGGCGGCGAGGCCUCAGUCUAGAUUCGGACACUGGUCUGAGCAACGAGGAUCUCCGCAACGAUUCACCCUGCGGACUCUUCGUGCGAUCAGACUCUGUGGCGGGCCUGGACCUGGACCUGGAUUUGGGGCCAUCCAUCCUGGAGGACGUGCUGAGGAUCAUGGACCGUUACAAGGACAUUGACCACCGUUGCGAGCUGUGAGGAAAUGGUAGGGAGAGAUGGACGAUGAGGCCUUUUUCCCAAGUUGAUGUAAAGAAAGCCUGAUGACAGGCCGGACAUUUUGCAUACAGUCAUUCCAGAGAGUAUUCACAGCCCUUCACUUUUCCACAUUUUGUCAUGCCUUACUUCAAAAUGGGUUUUAUUAAUUUUGUUCCCUGCAAUUGGCUAGUGACCAGUUCAGGGUGUACCCUGCCUCUCGCCCCCAGAUAGCUGGGAUUGGCUCCAGCAUCCCCGCGACCUUAGUGAGGAGAAGUGGUACGGACAAUGAAUGAAUGAAUAAUUUUGUUCCCCAGAAUUCUACAUACAACAAACACCUUAUACUGACAAUGUCAUUUUUUUUCUGAAUACUUUCUGAAUGCACUCAAAGUGCACCAGAUAAGUAUUCACAGUGCAUCACUUUUUUUCUCCAAAUUUUGUUACAGCCAGGUGUAUUAUACAAACGUGGAAGCGUUUGGGAAUGACAUGAACUCAGCCGUGAAAGUGUAGGCUAUGUAAAUUGACGGAACAGGGUCAGCGGAUGCUGAGGCGCAUAGUGCGAAGAGGUCACCAACUUGCUGCCUCGUCAAUCGGUUAAGACCUCCAAACUUCACGUGGCCUUCAGAUUGUCUCAAGAACAGUGCACAGAGAGCUUCAUGGCAAUGGGUUUCCAUGGCAGAGAAUCUGCAGCCAAGCCAGAUAUCACCAACUGCAAUGCAAAGCGCUGGACGCAGUAGUGUAAAACACGCUGCCACUGGACUCUAGAGCAGUUGAGACUCGUUCUCUGGAGUGAUGAGUCACGCAUCUCCAUCUGGAAACCUUAUGGACGAGUUUGGGUUUGGCAGUUGCCAGGAGAACGGUAUUUGUCUGACUGCAUUGUGCCAAGUGUAAAGUUUGGUGGAGGGGGGAUAACGGUCUGGGGUUAUUUUUCAGGAGCUGGGCUUGGCCCCUUAGUUCCAGUGACAGGAACUCUGAUUGCUUCAGAAUACCAAGAGAUUUUGAACAAUUCCAUGCUCCCAAGUUUGUGGGAACAGUUUGGAGCUGGCCGCUUCCUCUUCCAACAUGACUGUGCACCCGUGCACAAAGCAAGGUCCAUAAAAAUGGAUGACAGAGUCUGGUGUGGAUGAACUUGACGGGCCUCCACAGAGUCCUGACCCCAACCCAAUAGAACACCUUUGGUAUGAAUUAGAGCGGAGACUGAGAGCCAGGCCUUCUCAUCCAAUAUCAGUGUGUGACAUCACGAAUGCGCUUCUGGAAGAAUGGUCAAACAUUCCCAUAAACACACUCCUGAACCUUGUGGACAGCCUUCCCAGAAGAGUUGAAGCUGUUAUAGCUGCAAAGGAUUAACCGACGUCAUAUUGAACCCUAUGGAUUAGAAAUGGGAUGUCACUUAAAUCCAUAUGUGAGUCAAGGCAGGUGAGCGAAUAUAUACAGUAUAUAUUAUAUAUAUAUAUAUAUAUAUAUAUAUAUAUAUAUAUAUAUAUAUAUUUAUAUAUAUUUUUUCUUUUCAAAACUUUUUCCAUGUCCCCAUGGUGUGUUAUUUUGGAAUAAGACUUUAAAAUGACAAAAUGUGGAAACAAAGUGCUGUGAAUACUUGAAUGCACUUUUAGUGCUGGGAGGCGACAGGCUCAGGCUGGUCCUCAAGAGUCUUAUCGCAGCCAUCUUCAAUGGCCAUUAGUGACUUUUUUCUUAUGUGAAGCUGUGUAGACUUGGAGUAAAAAAAUCACGCAGACGAUUAACUGACACUUUGCUGUAUAUUAGAGAAGACAUCUUAUGCUUUUUUUCCCCAUUAUUUAAAUUUCCAGUUGUUUUAUUAACAUCCAUGACAUGCUUUUGUCAAAAUAUCUUAAGAAUACACCCUUAAUUAGCCUGUUUGAGGGCGUGGUCCCUUAUCAUUCAAAUGAGCCACUAGUCACACCAAGACCCUCUACUCCGGGGCAAACACAGUCAAUGCAUGGUUUCUUUUGUCACUCUGGGAGAGAGCAUUUCAUCACCCAGCUGCAAUUAGUGUAGGAGAUCCUGCAUUUGGCACACGCAGCAGACACAUCGCCAAACACAAGUACCCUGCCCCUAUGUUGACAAUUUUGCCGAAUAAUCAUAUGCCUCUUAUUACAAGCUAACAGUACACAGUCAUUGCAGCUCUGCUUAACUUUUGGCUUUGACAUGAUACACUGUGGUCUGGUUGUCACUUUAAAAUGGGAGACUUUCACCCUGCCCACCUUCCAAGUCAUGGGCAGAGAAAAUGACAGUCGGGGUGUUAUUAUGUAAAUCACAAUUGAGGCUUGUUCAGACACAUUUUCAGAAAUACAGUAAUGCACUCCAGACACAACUAUUUGGAAUCAAACAUUUCAAAAGUCACUUUUACAUGUCCCUAAAUAUAACAUCUUUGCAAUAACAAAAACAUCUACAAUAUUUAUAUGUACUGUAUAUUCUGUCCAUAUUGUCCACUCACAUCAAUAUUUGUCUUUUCAACUCGAUGUGCUUCAGAAGCUAAUGGAAAAGUGAUUUUCCAUAUAUAGAUUGUUUUUUUCCAACUAAAAAUUUAUUUAGAGUGCUUGUCCAUCUAAUGUUGACUUUCACAUUAUUACAGUAGCCUCUUAUUACAUGUCAUGUAUGCGAUGUACAUUGCUCUAUAUGUAUCAAUAAAAAUUUUCCAUUUGUGAAACUUUAGAGUCUUAUGUUUCAUCACAUACAGUAUCCCUCGUUUAUCGCGGGGGUUACGGUCCAGAAUUCCCUUGCGAUAGAUGAAAGUUACAAAGUAGUGACCGUUAUAUUUGUUUCAUAUAUUUUAAAUGUUUAUGCAUAAUACCUGUAAAAAAUUUGCAUGUGAAGUAUGUGUGUCCACUUGGGAUGUCAUCCUCUUGUUCUACACUGUAGUAUCUGACUUUGAAUGUGUGUGCUGUAAAGAAAAGGACUUGGUCUGUUGAGUGACGUGAGUCUGUGAAUGAGAGCGUAGCGAUGCCUGCUGUUGACUCAGGAUAGCGGCUGGCUGUUAACUGGCUAAUCGUACGCUUGUCUGCGUAUCGAGUACCUCUGGGCGUGAGUUGUGGCCGUGCAGCUAGUGUGUGAAUGCGCUUGUUUGUUUUGUUACUGUUGUUCAAUAAAGUGAUUGGAAGUGCA